AUGUGCUCUGCAGCAAUCGUCGAGACAGAUGUACGAAAGCAGGAGUACUGUUGGGCAGAGGUGGACCAGUUCACUGAUUUGAAUGACAGACUGGACUCGUCACCGAUUCCCUUACCCCCCAUCAAGGAGGCAAAGAGGGUCAUCUUGGUAAGACACGGGCAAAGUACAUGGAAUGCAGAAGGCCGCAUUCAGGGUAGCUCCGACAUAUCCGUGCUUACCAAAAAGGGGGAAUCACAAGCCGAGACAACACAACAGAUGUUGAAAGACGACACCUUUGAUAUGCUCUUCCACAGUCCCCUACAACGUGCAGAUCAGACUGCGCAGAUCAUUUGGGGCAGCCGCAAGGGGCCUGUUGCGGUUCUGCCUUCUCUUCGGGAGAUCGAUCUAUACUCGUUUCAGGGGCUAUUGAAGCAUGAAGGCAAAGCCAGAUAUGGUGAUCAGUACAAACAAUGGCAGAAAGAUGCAGCAGAGUUUAUGAUCAACGGCCAAGCUCCUGUCAGGGAGCUCUGGUACCGCGCAUCUUUGGCAUGGCAGCAGAUUCUUGGGGUGGACGAUGUCAGGAGCGCACUGGUCGUGGCUCACAAUGCCGUCAAUCAGGCACUGCUGAACACUGCCCUGGGACUGCCGCCGACCUUCUUCAGGCGCCUGACUCAAACAAACGCUGCAACCAGCGUCAUUGACUUCCAGCCAAAUGGGGACAACCCUCCCACACGCGUCAUCGACCGCAUAAAUCAGGCAGGCGCACUUUGCACGAAUAUGCUGACUGCCAAGCCGGGCAAUGGCCGCCUCGUCCUUGUGAGGGUGGGGGUGGCGGAGGGCUUCAAGGAGGGAACGUUGCUGGGGACGCGCAACGACCCCCUCAGCACCUUGGGCAGAGUCCAGGGCCAGAAAGCUGCCGAGCUCCUCAUGGAUAUCCAGAUCGAUGCGAUCUUCAGCAGCCCAGUCGAGCGAGCCACAGAGAACGCACAGACAAUCGCAGACCUGCAGGCGCUUGCUGGCUUCCCAUUCCCGUCGGUGGAGGCGCUGGGAAGCCUCAGAAACCGCGACUGGGGCAGCCUGGAAGGCAGGAAUGCCUCUGAGGUGGGAGUGGAUGUGGUGGGGGCGGCGGAGCAGCUGGGGGCGUUCUGGCAGCGCAGCGCGGACGCGUGGGCGCAGCUGCAGGAGCACUGCCACAGGGGCGGCGGCAAGACAGUGGCCGUGGUUACUCACUCGCCGCUUAUCUCCGCCAUGCUCUGCCACUGCCUGGGCCUGGGCCCGUCCAAUCUCUCCCUCUUCCGCACCGGCGGCGGCAGCGUCACCAUCAUCGAUUUCCCCGACGUGGCCCAAGGGGACGGCCUCAGCCACGGCGUCGUGCGCUGCACCAACUUCACUGCGCACCUCGGCCGCUGGGCGGUCCCGGUCACGCGUGACGAUGUGGAAUAUGCUGUCUGCGGCGUUGACGGCUGCUUCUGA